UUAAAACCGUACCAAGUGGCUGGCUACCCGCUCUCACCAAUAGUUGGGAUAGGCUCCAGGUCACCCGUGACCCUUGAGAGGAUAAGCGCAACAGAAGAUGGAUGAAUAUUAAGAGGUGUGUUUGCCCUGAUGGUCAUGUCAUCAAAACAAUUUUUCUCAAAGCGAUGUGUUGGCAUACCAACGGCACAUUUGAGUAAGUGACCUCUUGACGUUUGAACAUCCCUAAUAUCAAAACAUUAUGGAGGGAAAUCAGUGCAAUCAAUUUAAUAAGGACCGUAGCAAAUAAUACAAUUGCUAUUUGUGCACAUAUGCCUUUGUCUCGCCUCAAUGCAAGUUGUCAGGCUCAUGCUUCUUUCAUUGUUCACCUGACUGGCUGAGAUCAGAUGAACCUGCCGGGAUGACGCUUGAGGCAAGAUGAUGGUGACGCUAAAGAGGAUGAGGGCGUAGUAAGCGAGCCACAAGACCUGCCCCUCCUUUCUGGGAGUAUAUGACAUGGAGAGGUAUCUCAAAGUCCUCCUGCCAAAUGGAACUUUUCGGAGUUGAAACUGGCAUUAAGGGAUACACCAACACUGCCAACUCCUCCCUCCGCCUCUCUGACAACCACUAAAUCACUGGACAGCGUGGUUGGGUAACGGGCAUUUUAUCCUUGACACUACUCUAAGGUGGAUACAACUUCUUGGGCCAGAAGCUUACCAAGAAUGGGCAUCAUCUAGUGGAUUUUUGACGGGCAGAAGUAUCAAGACACAUUUGAAAUCAAGAAGGUAAAGACACCAACAUGUCUUUGGGAGCCUUGAGGGAGAAGAUGCUAAAGUCUGAGACAGCAGAAGUGAAGUCAACAGUGGUCAACUCUUUGGGGAAACUGCAAAGGAAACUCGAUGGCAGCAAUGUAGAAGAGGAAAGACACUUUGAACUGACAGAGGAUGGGCGUCCGGUGGCCUCCACAUCUCGUUCCGCUCCACUGCUGGAUUGUAGCUGUGGCGGUCUGCCCAAGCGUUACAUCAUCGCCAUCCUCAGUGGUCUGGGCUUCUGCAUCUCUUUUGGCAUCCGUUGUAACCUCGGUGUUGCAAUUGUGGAGAUGGUGAACAACAACACCAUAUAUGUGAAUGGAACUGAAGUACUCCAGAAAGCUGAGUUCAACUGGGACCCAGAGACAGUUGGACUUAUCCAUGGCUCUUUCUUCUGGGGCUACAUCGUCACUCAAAUUCCCGGUGGUUUCAUCUCAAACAAGCUUUCUGCUAACAGGGUGUUUGGCGCUGCCAUUUUCUUGACGUCAGUGCUGAAUAUGUUUAUCCCAUCUGCAGCGAGGGUUCACUAUGGCUGUGUCAUGUUUGUUCGCAUCCUGCAGGGCUUAGUUGAGGGUGUGACCUACCCAGCGUGCCAUGGGAUGUGGUCAAAAUGGGCUCCACCUCUUGAACGCAGUCGAUUGGCCACUACAUCCUUCUGUGGAUCCUAUGCAGGAGCCGUGAUCGCCAUGCCUUUGGCUGGUGUGUUGGUUCAGUACAUUGGGUGGCCGUCAGUCUUUUACAUCUAUGGUGUUUUUGGAAUCCUGUGGUAUGUCCUGUGGCUUUUGUUGGCCUAUGGAAGUCCUGCUGUGCAUCCAACAAUCACGGAUGAGGAAAGAACAUACAUUGAGUCCACCAUUGGCGAAACUAUUCACCACCAGAAUGUGACUCAGAAAUUCAAGACACCAUGGCGCCGUUUCUUCACUUCCAUGCCAGUCUACGCCAUCAUUGUGGCCAACUUUUGCCGCAGCUGGACCUUCUACCUGCUUCUCAUUAGCCAGCCGGCAUAUUUUGAAGAGGUCUUUGGCUUCCCAAUCAGCAAGGUAGGGAUCCUGUCUGCCGUGCCGCACAUGGUGAUGACUAUUGUUGUUCCAAUUGGAGGACAGCUGGCGGACUUCCUGCGUAGUAACAAAAUCAUGACCACUACGAAUGUGAGGAAACUCAUGAACUGCGGAGGCUUUGGCAUGGAGGCUACUCUGCUUCUGGUGGUCGGCUUUUCACACACCCGUGCUGUGGCCAUCUCUUUCUUGGUGCUAGCUGUAGGCUUCAGUGGAUUUGCCAUAUCAGGCUUUAAUGUCAAUCAUCUGGACAUUGCUCCUCGCUAUGCUAGCAUCCUGAUGGGCAUUUCCAAUGGUGUGGGAACGCUGUCUGGAAUGGUGUGUCCCGUGAUUGUUGGAGCCCUGACCAUUCAUAAGACCCGUCUUGAGUGGCAGAACGUCUUUGUUAUCGCAUCCAUGGUGCACUACACAGGGGUCAUUUUCUAUGCUAUCUUUGCCUCGGGAGAACAACAGGACUGGGCCAACCCUGAGAGCACGUGUGAAGAAAAAUGUGGCUUUGUCGAAGAGGACGAGCUAGCUGAAGAAUCUGAGCUCAACAGCGAGAGCAUGACAGCUCCCAAAAUGAGUUACGGAACGACCGAUAAUGCGUCAGGUCAGAGACACGGCUGGACAAAGAAGAGAGGGGUGACCAUGCAAGAGGACGAUGAACAUUACGCUAAUGGAGAACCUCAGAAUGGAUACCAGUGAGCGGUUCGGUGCACAUGAAGAAGUUCACACUUUGGUGACAAUCCAGUUUUACACCUGUGGAAACUAACCAUUAUGUACCUCAAUCAACUUUCAUCGACUUAAAUGAAAACACCGGUUUCAGAGUGAUGACUUGUCUUUGAAAGCAAAUUGUUACAGAAGAAGAAAAGCUUAAAAUGUUGUAUCUUGAUCAGUACUUUAGAACUCAUUUGUCUUGUCACAUGUCAAGUGUCACCUAUGCAACAUGCAGUCUGGAUUUGAUAGCAGACCAUAAAGAUAAGUGUGUUGCUUUUGCUUGAAUGCUAUUGAGGAAUGAAAACAUGAGCUAUCCCUGCACAAUGUACUAGUAAUCCAAUACAAGAGCUGUAUCAAACACUGACUUCACAAAGGUAAUAAUGCUCACUUUUUAUUAGA